CCCUAUACAUAUUUUUAGUUCGUCUUAGCAGUCGAUCGGUUUAUUGGAUAGCAUAAAAAUAAAUUUUUUUUUAAACACAAUUUUAAAAGUAGCUUCGUUCAGUCCCAACAUUUUAUCCGCUCUCAAUAUAUAUUUCGUUACAACAAAAAUUCCUUCGAAAUGAUUGGAGUGCUUGUAAAUAAAACGUCUCUGGGCCUUGUCGCUGGCUUGGCCAGCGUCGCAUUUGUCGGCUAUUGCGUCUAUUUCGACAGCAAGCGCCGCAGCCACCCCGAGUUCAAGAAGAAGCUCUACGAGCGCCGUCGUCGCAAUCGGAAACCCGAAGAGCACGAAGGUGUGCCCAGCUUGACCGAUCAGUGCUCCAUCGAGCGCUACUUCAUGCAGGAAAUCCACAAGGGCGAACUUCUGAUCACCGAGGGCAACUUCGAGCGGGGAGCCGAUCAUCUGAUGAACGCGAUCGUCGUCUGCAACAAGCCUGGCAAGCUGCUCAGCGUGCUGCAGUCGACUCUACCGGUAGAGGUGUUCUCUCUGCUCGUUUACAAGUUGAACAAUUACAAUAUGAACGCCCAGAGGCAGACAAGUAUAAAUGAUAAUUUAAUGACUGGACGCGUUGCUGACGACGGAAGUGUGGAAUAGCCCAUCCAAAUCGUCGACAAUUUAAGCCCCCAAAUUCCUAUUCGUUUACUCUUUCAACAUUCAAGUUAAUACGUUUUCAUCAAUUAUACGUACAUAGUAUACAUAUAUAGAUAUGUAGUGCAAGUAUGAAAGAGCCGAUACGUGAUUCAUUGUAUUUUCAUCUGUGAAAUGAAACGUUUACCUACCUAACAACAAAAACCAUUUGGACUAAUUGGCUUACAACAUUUCCAUAUCUCGAUUUGCCAAAAUGUCUCGAGUGCAAUUAGCGAAUGUUAUAAAGUGGGGCACAAGCUUUAGCAGAGUACAACACAAGCUAUGUGGGUGUAAGUGUCCUUCUCUGGCAGAAAAUAGACUUGAUUGGCAAACAAGUACCAGAUAUAAAAGGCAGAUACCCAGACUCAGAUGAAAUGGCUUUACAGCUAAUAUAGCCCCAACAAUGCUGCAGACGCUAAUUUUCGGUUAAUUUGUGAAAGGAUGAGCAAUAUCGUAUGUCCCGUCUCAAUUGAUGCCAAUGAGGAUUGAUUACAUUUUAACUGCUUUGGGGACAGACAGGAAUAUAUCCAAAAUAACGUAUAGGUAAACGUUCCGACAACAUCAAAAAACGUUUCACAAUAAAUAAUUAGAGCAUUCUUGCAACGAAAUAAUAAUAA